GGUUCACCUGGGCUCACGAAGCUGUAGGGCUGGGAGAGCCAACUUGAAGCUGUGGCAUGGUGUGCGACUACUGCGACAAAUGCCAAGAGUCAGAGCAGAUUGUCAAUAUACAGGUACAGGUUCCGAGUGACUUUUAUCCUGGCCGCAGUUCGCCACAAGAUGUAGAUGAUACCUCAGUUGACGGGACACUUGAGACUCCGUCACCAGUAUCUGAUAUCCAUUUGAGCCUGGACCUGGAGGAUUCCACACUUCUCCGUGCAACUCGACUGGUUCACGUGCUGGAAGGCCGCGGUAAACACCUUAAAGCCAACAGCCUUGCAAGAGACUUUUCAGCGGAGGAGGCCACCGUACUGAUCAACAAAUCACACAAUGUCGAACAGAUUGAUGUCUUUAUCAGUCAUUGCUGGCAGGACCAUCACACACCCAAAGUUUUCGCACUAUUGAUACAUAGCAACCUGCGCGCCGCGGUGUGCAUAUCUGCAAUUGUGGCAUGCAUUUCUGCCAGCCUAUGCAGAAUCGGCGUGUUGCCAAAGAUACGGCAAAGCGACGGCUUUGCUUUCUUCCCUUGGGCGCUCCUCUUUGGUUCAAGCACCUUCUUUCUCAUCCUGAUGACGUGGCACCGGGUCAGAGACCGGUGCUCCUUCUCCACGCAGUACUUCCUUGACAAGUUUUGCGUCCACCAAGAGGAUGAUACGCUGAAGGAGCGAGGAGUAAGAUCCUUCGCUGCUUUUGUGGCUGCUUCAGAUCGCAUGGUGCUCCUCUGGAGCCCUACGUAUUUCACACGGUUGUGGUGCACUUUGGAGAUGGCCGCCAUGGUGAAAGUAGCUGGCAGUCGUGGCUUGCGAAUGGACUUGAUUCCUUUACAGCUUGCCAAGGUGAGCAUCUAUUCCUGGCUCGUACAAGCUAUCAUAUAUUUUAUGGUUCAAGCCAACAGGUUGGCAGACGCGCCAAUUCCAGACUUCCCCUUCGUCGUUGCGGUUGUUUUCGUUGGCGGCUACUUCAUGGCGAUGACACUCCGCGAGUACGCACGGGACCGCAAGGCAUUGGAGCAGCAGCUGAGUACUUUUUCCAUGGAGGAGGCACUCUGCUCAUCGCCCAGGGAUCGUCGCUGGAUAGAGAGAACAAUGAAAAGAUGGUUUGCUGACAUGGACGUGUGCAACAAACACAUUCAACAAGGUGUCCGUGCUCAAGUGAUGGCUUUGCUGGGUCCAGAGGCGCACUACGCAACUUCCUUGGCGUGCCCCACUUUCCUCAUAAACGUGUUCAACGAGGCCGACUAUGUGGCAGGACAGCAUUACGACGAGAGGACAUCGGAGCGGGCAGCAGCAGCAACUGGAUGGGCCGCCUUCAUCUUGAUUGUUUUGCCACUCAUCUACAAGAUAUGCUUUGCUUUCGCAGAGAAGCGUAGCAGCAGGAAAAUGGAGAUGGUGGUGAACAUUGCACUUUCAGCCUUUGUUGUGCUUUGCAUUGGAGCCGUUUUCCACACUUGCUUCCAAUGGGCUUCAAAGGGAGUGCUGGAGCAAUGGACAUGGGUGGUUCCCAUUGCUCUUCUUCUGAUGGCACUGUGGCUUCAAAGAGCCUCAUUUUGCUUUGCCAGGUGCAGCAACAUGGGGCAAAGCAAGCGUACAUAGUUCUUGGAGGUAUGGCCAGUCAGCGACUGGCCAAACAUAGACACAUAGCUUUUGUUCCCGCAAGGGAGACAUAUUUUUUCGCGCCGUGGCUUUCACGCAUUUCAGGUCCAAGACGUUGUGUGCAGUGAAAUGCCAUGGGUGGCACAGCUUGUGGUUUCUUGGCAGUUUGAAUUGUGUUGCAUUAUCAAACCC